AUCCACGGGUAUGUUGAACGACUAGAAUCUUUAACGCUUGAGAAUCUCCUCUGUAACCCGGAGAACGUGGAAAACUAUUUUCAUACAAUUUACCUCUUUUCACCCCCACAUUAAACCUAUGAGAAAGGUGGCCUCCUACAAAACAGCUGAGCAAAAGCUCCUUUCGUUGACUGUUUACUCCAAAAUUGUAGUAUGGUCCCCCUUUUUAAAUCUACUAUCUGCAAGCAUUUGUCUAAUUUCAGCCAAUUUGUACCCUUGUUAUUCCAUUGCAAGAACGCUAUACUCUACGUUUAUGUUCUGUUUAACAUAUAUUUAUCUUAAUUUAUCUCAUCGUGUUGGAUGCAGAUAAGCGAGGGGUGACUCGUGAUGGCACGGACCCAUACUAAUUAGUUAUUGUACAAGAAUUGGU